AUGCCUUCAAUUUCCUCUCCUCAGUCCCUGGGUUUACCCAUAUACAUACCUGAAGUCGCUCCCGACACUUCGACAAUGUCAACUACAACUACAACUCUGUCUUUGACCGCAAAAAAGUCGACUAUGAUCGAACCAACUGAAGUUCAAGAAGAAGACAUCGGAUGUCAGCUUUCUGACAUUACUUUUGCGCCUCCGAAAAUUUCGGAAAAUGAGAAAGAAGGCGUUCUUGAGCCUGUUGUUGAGUGAGUUUAAUUUUUGAAAAAUCUCAGGGGGAUCAGAACCUUGACCUUAUGCUUUUCAAAAUCGAGAUUAUUUUACAGUGGAAAAUUAUGAAGUCGUGACUUUCCAUUUUUAACAAGAAUUUUUGAAAACACCUGAAGCUCCUUGAUAACUGAACGAUUAGAAACUUCCAGAUGCUCUUCUCCUGCAAAAAUUGGCUGUAACACGGCUAAGAUCUCUUGUGAAAUCCCGAUGAACUCAGAAUAUCCUUUAGUAGCUGUCUUUGUAAGUUUCCUCUUUUCGAAAAAAAAUUUGAAAAAAAUUUCAGGCCAAAAUAAACGGUGUCGACUGGGCCACCACUGACUUGAUGACUUCAAAAGCCGAAACCGAGCUUCUUUGUGCACCUGACAAAAAUUGGACCUACGUAUCUGAUAUCCCAUCCCUGAUAGGACUGAUCUACGACGCAAAUCAAGUUUUCUGCCUUUUAGUCCCUCAAAUAACCAACGAUUAUGAAUACGUUUCCGAUUUGGACAAUUCUGAAGCAUUGUGA